AAUCCCUUAUUUUUCCCCCCGUUUUCCUGAAGGAAGGAUAAGAUGACAAACAAACAAACACUGAACACUGAACCCUCUCGGUCUCAGUCUCAGUCUCGGUCUCACUCCCACGCCUCACUCUACUCACUCACUCACUAACUCUCUUCUUCUUCUCUUGUAUUUGUAUGCCUUCCAUUCCAUUCCAUUCCACUCCCACUGCCAGCUAAGCAAAACCAAACAUGCGCCUCUUCCUCUUCCACUUCCUCUUCUUCCUCCUCCGCCUCCAUCUCACGGCCCACUCCGCCCACAUCUCCGAGCGCCGUGCCUUGCUCUCCUUCAAAGCCGCCUCCAUUACCUCCGAUCCCACCUCCGCUCUCUCUUCCUGGUCCCCCACCUCUCCCUCCGACCACUGCACAUGGCGCGGCGUCUCCUGCGACCACCACCUCCGCCACGUCACCUCCCUCAACCUCUCUUCCCUCUCCCUCUCCGGCACUCUCUCCGGCGACCACCUCUCGCUCCUCCCCUUUCUCACCAACCUCUCCCUCUCCGAUAACAAAUUCUCCGGCCCUAUUCCCAGUUCUCUUUCCUCUCUCACAAACCUCCGCUUCCUCAACCUCUCUAACAACAUCUUCAACGGAACCUUCCCUAAUGAACUUUCCAUUCUCCACAAUGUUGAAGUUCUUGACCUUUACAAUAACAAUAUGACCGGUCUUCUUCCCCUCGCCGUCACCGACAUGACUGAGCUUCGCCACUUGCACCUCGGCGGAAACUUCUUCUCCGGCGAAAUUCCGCGGGAGUACGGCAAAUGGCAGAAGCUGGAGUACCUUGCGGUUUCCGGUAACGAGCUUGUCGGGAAAAUCCCGCCGGAGAUCGGAAACCUUAGCUCCCUCCAGGAGCUUUAUGUAGGGUACUACAACACUUACGACGGCGGAAUACCGCCGGAGAUCGGGAAUUUGUCCGAGCUUGUCAGGCUCGACGCCGCGUACUGUGGACUCUCCGGCGAGAUUCCUGCGGAGAUAGGGAGGCUUCAGAAGCUCGACACCCUCUUCCUCCAGGUGAAUGCGCUUUUCGGUUCACUAACUACGGAACUUGGGAGCCUCAAAAGCCUAAAAUCAAUGGAUUUAUCGAACAAUAUGCUCGCCGGUGAUAUUCCCGCGAGCUUCGCGGCGCUGAAGAACAUAACUCUCGUGAACCUCUUCCGCAACAAGCUCCACGGUGAGAUACCGGAGUUCAUAGGUGAGCUUCCGUCGCUGGAGGUGCUUCAGCUGUGGGACAACAACUUCACCGGAAGCAUUCCUCAGAAUUUGGGGAAGAACGGCAGGCUCACGAUCGUUGACCUCUCGUCGAACAAGCUUACGGGAACUUUGCCACCGUUAAUGUGUUCCGGUAACCGUCUUCAGACACUGAUAACUCUCGGUAACUUCCUCUUUGGUCCAAUUCCUGAUUCACUCGGAAAGUGUGAGUCUCUGAGUAGGGUGAGAAUGGGUGAAAAUUUCUUGAACGGUUCAAUCCCUAAGGGUCUGUUUGGGCUUCCGAAACUGACGCAGGUUGAACUUCAGGAUAAUCUUCUGACCGGAGAGUUUCCUGUUUCUGGUUCCGUUGCACCGAACUUGGGGCAAAUUAGUCUUUCCAAUAACAAGCUUUCAGGGCCGUUACCUCCGUCCAUUGGGAACUUCUCCGGCAUGCAGAAGCUUCUACUUGACGGGAACCGGUUCUCGGGCCGGAUCCCGCCGGAGAUUGGCAGGCUACAGCAGCUCUCCAAGAUGGAUUUCAGCAAUAAUAAGUUCUCUGGUCCUGUUGCUCCGGAGAUCAGCCAGUGCAAGUUGUUGACAUUCGUUGAUCUCAGCCGCAACGAACUCUCCGGCGAGGUUCCAAAUGAGAUCACUGGAAUGCGGAUACUGAACUAUUUGAACCUUUCAAGGAACCACUUGGUUGGUCCAAUUCCGGGUUCUAUUGCUUCCAUGCAGAGUUUAACAUCGGUGGAUUUUUCUUACAACAAUCUCUCUGGUUUGGUUCCUGGCACUGGCCAAUUCAGUUACUUCAACUAUACCUCUUUCUUGGGGAACCCCGAACUCUGUGGCCCUUAUUUAGGUCCUUGCAAAGACGGUGUUGUCAAUGGCCCUCGUCAGCCUCAUGUUAAGGGUCCACUCUCUUCUUCCUUGAAGCUAUUGCUGGUUAUUGGGCUUCUUGUUUGCUCUAUCUUGUUCGCUGUGGCGGCAAUCUUCAAGGCGCGGUCCCUGAAGAAGGCGAGCGAGGCGCGCGCCUGGAAGCUCACGGCGUUCCAGCGAUUGGACUUCACUGUGGACGAUGUUCUGAAUUGCUUGAAGGAGGAUAACAUCAUAGGAAAAGGAGGUGCUGGAAUUGUGUACAAAGGGGCCAUGGCGAAUGGGGAUCAAGUUGCUGUAAAGAGGUUACCGGCUAUGAGUAGAGGAUCAUCCCAUGAUCAUGGUUUCAAUGCUGAGAUUCAAACUUUAGGGAGGAUUCGACACAGGCACAUUGUUAGGUUGUUGGGGUUCUGUUCGAACCACGAGACGAAUCUUCUUGUGUAUGAGUACAUGCCUAAUGGAAGCUUGGGUGAGGUUCUUCAUGGGAAGAAAGGGGGUCACUUGCAUUGGGACACAAGGUACAAGAUUGCUGUGGAGGCUGCAAAGGGGCUUUGUUACUUGCAUCAUGAUUGUUCGCCGCUUAUUGUGCACCGCGAUGUCAAGUCGAACAAUAUCCUUCUUGAUUCCAGCUUUGAAGCCCAUGUUGCUGAUUUUGGGCUAGCCAAGUUCCUCCAAGAUUCUGGAACAUCUGAAUGCAUGUCGGCUAUUGCCGGUUCAUAUGGAUACAUAGCUCCAGAGUAUGCCUACACUUUGAAAGUCGAUGAGAAGAGCGAUGUGUACAGCUUUGGCGUUGUUCUUUUGGAGCUUGUAACCGGAAGGAAACCGGUUGGUGAGUUCGGUGACGGCGUGGACAUUGUGCAAUGGGUGAGGAAAAUGACAGACUCAAACAAGGAAGGAGUGCUUAAGGUUCUUGAUCCUAGGCUUCCCUCAGUUCCCCUCCAUGAGGUGAUGCACGUUUUCUAUGUCGCCAUGCUGUGUGUCGAAGAACAAGCUGUAGAGCGACCAACCAUGCGCGAAGUGGUUCAAAUUCUCACCGAGCUUCCAAAGCCACCGGGAUCUAAGCAGGGAGAUUCGACAAUCACCGAGUCCUCAUCAUUGUCAUCAUCAAACAGCUUAGAGUCUCCAAUGGCCACAUCAUCGAAAGAGCAUACUAAAGAUAAUCAAAACCCUCCGAAGUCACCGCCACCAGAUCUUCUUAGCAUCUAAUCUGCAUUUUAAGAAUGUUUCAUAUCUAUAUUAAUUUCCUUUCGACGUGUGGGGUUUUCUUUCUAACUUUAUAAGUUGAUGGUUGGGUUGGAUAUUACUUUUCUACUAUCUUUUCUCUUUAAUGGUUUUUGUAACCUGUAUAGUAGGAUUGGUGGGAGUAUCUCUUUCUUCUUAUAUGAAGUCCUUUUCUUCUUUCUGUAUCACUGAAACUUUUUUUUUCCCUCUCAUGGCUUAUUGCUGUGCUGAUUCUGCACCAGGGAGCAGCGUAAACAUCAUGGGGAAGUCUUGUUAUUUCAGGAUACCAAUGACAGGUUAUAGUGAAAGGGACACACAAA